AUGGAAGGUACUCGUCUACGGUAGAGCAGACAUUGUCAGCUUUUCUUCAUGGAAUUGUGGCGGGCUCCAGCUAUGAAAGGAAGCCAGUGAGAAGAAUUUGAAUGGGGAAACAAAGAGGCGCAAGAAGAACUAUGGCGGAGGGGUAAUUCGUCAAGGGUAUCGAAUAUAAGGUAGUUGGCCAUAAAUUCAGCAGAAUCAAGAGGACCGGGGGACGGGGAUGUACAAACAGUGUGACGAGCAAGUGAUGGAGGAUCCUGGAGAAUCCCGCACUCUCCGGAUCACGGACCGGAUUCCUUUUUCAAACUCAAACCACCAUCACCCAGUAGGCUCUGCGGGCGACCGUGUCUUUCCUCUGCUUUGUUCUCAGAUAUUUUCAGGUCUUCCUCUGGACUACUUUGUCUUGCCCAGGAAGAGACCAGUGGUACCAUGGGAAUGGCCUGAGAAAUGGCAUACUAGACUGCAUGAAUUGAGUACCACAUUGUAUAGCUGCGCAAAUACCCCGGAUUCAGGCUUUAUUCCACGCUUCUUGAUUUCCGUGUUGGCGAAGUGUCAAACCCCUCCGAGAAGUGGCACAAGGCUCGAUAUCAGAAAGAGAGAAGUGAAAAUGACUGCGCGCGAAGUCGGUCAUUUUGCAGCGUAUCCUAUGCUCGUUUGUGGUAUUUCCUUUCUCGUCCUUGAAGACGUGAAAGAACGCCAAACAUAG